AUGUCCGUUCAGAACCUGACAUCCCGCGAUCCCUUCGCCGACGUUGGUGACGAUCAAGCAAUCAGUACCAAAGCGCCUACCAAAGCACCUGACUACGUUCAUAUUCGAAUCCAACAAAGAAACGGUCGAAAGACUCUUACCACUCUACAAGGUUUACCAUCUGAAUAUGACCCCAAGAAGCUCUUGAAAGCUUUUAAGAAGGAUUUCGCUUGUAAUGGCACUUUGGUUCAAGAUGAAGAGUUGGGUCAAGUUAUUCAAUUACAAGGUGAUCAACGUACCAAGGUGUCUCUCUUGUUGGUCGAUGCGGGUAUCCCCAAGUCGACUAUCAAGAUCCACGGUUUCUAA